AUGAGUGCGUCGUCGCCAAUAUCUCCGCUGUUAGCGGACAUCGAAAUACUUCCGGUGCGCAACAAUUCCUACUUUGACCUUAGAGCCAAGGCAGCGUCAUCGAGCAAGGUGUCGCGGAUGAACCCCAUUCCGGAAGAACUAGUCGAGUUGAAGCCGGAGCCUGAAGACGACUUAAUUCGCUGUGAGUCAUGUGAGGGCGAGCAGCAGUCGGAGCAAGUCCUCGAGUACGUCGCGAAAAUACGGGAGGCCAUAGCAUUGCAGGGCCAGAGAGUGAGAAAGGAGACCCUCGCUAAAGCCGACGAGGCAAAGCAGCAGGCGUACGAACAGGAGACGGCGGAGGUCGCGAACCACAUCUCAGGAAAGAAACGGGAGAGUUUGCUCCGAGUUUUGUCCACCAAGACCAAAGAUGGAUUGACCGAGAUCAGGUCAGAAGGACGGAGAUUGUCGAUGCUGUUGUCGAAGAAAGGAGAAGAUAAGCAGGACUUACAGCUCAAGAUCAGCAGCACAAUACCCUCGCCUACCUCUCAUGCUAGCGACGAAGUUGCAGAGGGCGAAGACGUCGCUCUUCUCUCGACCAGAGCUUCCAGUUCGACGUUGUCGCUCACGGCGAACACUGAAUGCGAGUAUCGUCCACUUGCGCAGACAUACCGACCUCGAAGUGAAGGCGGCUAUAGGCGCGUGAAGUCGAGCUUCCGAAAGAGAAUUGAUUCCGCCAAUAGUGCAGCAAGGCAUGUGAAAUAUGCUGCCAUCAAUUUAUUGAGCGUGCGGCGGAAAACAAACGGUUGGUCCAGGCUGGAUUGA